AACAAAACCCAAGCCCAUGAACACCUGAGGUGCCACAUUUCUUCCUCUCUGUAGCACUAAAACCCCAACAAUAUCUAGGGUUUUAACCUCUCUCUCCAUUGACGCAGACUCCAAUCUACAGCGCACACAAAAAUCAAAAAGAAGCAACGAUGUUCCCAGGCAUGUUUAUGCGCAAGCCAGACAAGGCUGCAGCCUUGAAGCAGUUGAAGGCACACGUAGCCAUGUUUGGGGUGUGGGUAGCUGUUGUUCGUGUCACUCCUUACAUUCUUCAUUACCUCUCUGAUGAAAAAGAAGAGCUCAAGAUUGAGUUCUAGAGGUCAUCUCUCAUUCUUUUUCAGUUGAUCGACAAGAAGAGAAAGGAAUUGGAACGAAAAGAGUUUGCAAGUUCCAGGUUCCUUUUCUGCUUUAGUAUGAACUCGAUGCAUAAUCAUAUUAGGUUGUUUAUGUGCUUGCUUGUUAGUCCCUUUAUUGGAAUAAAACUAGUCAUGUAAUUGAAUAUGCAUUCUUCUGGUUAUAUGUUGGAAUUUGGAUUUGGAGAGUUAUAUCACUGGUUCUUUCGGGUUCAUUGAACACAUUCUCUGAAUACAAGGCUAUUUUUUUGUUGGAA